UAUGAAUAGCGCUAAGCUACUCGCGUACAAGGUGUUAGUCAUGGUCGUCAUGGUCAUAUGGUCAUAUGUUUGUGUUUGGGAGUGUUAAAUAUGUCUGUACUUCUUCGGAACGUAACGAAUAGUAUAUGGCAUGCCUUUAAUUCUCUGACGACAGAUAGAAAUGGACUUGUUAUGAAAUCUAAGCUUAAGGUCUUGACUGCUAAUAUCGGCACUCUGUUAGAUGUUUAUGGAGUUGAAAAGGGGUUGGAACAUUUUCGCAGUACAUCAAGCCUAAACUUCGAGCAUUACAAAUAUUACCUUCAAAAAGAGGUGUUCACUUCCCUUCCUGACUCUGCCUUGUCUCUGAGUGCAUUGAGAGAUUUGGAAGAAAAGAUAGAUGAAGUUUGCUGGCUGGUGUGUCAGAAACGUUACUUGGAUCAAAGAGAACGCCCUGUAUUCCAAGAUAAUUGUGUAUAUAAGUUAUUCCGCAUCUUUUGUCUUCUUGCCGAAUUAGUACCAGAUGAUAGUACUGACUUCCAUGACUGUUUUCAGGUUCUUCUCCAUGUUUCGGAAGCUCGUGCCGUAGCUUGCCAAUUGGCUUCUGCAUUGGGAAUGUCCGAAAAUGAUGCAUCAUUAUCAGGAGUUGUAUCAUUAGUUGGUGUGACAACGGCAUUCCGUUUCUCUACGUUUCUCGCUAUUCUUGAAGCAAAAUGCGUAGGUGGAGAUCUGGACAGUUUCACUGUGGAGCAAGAUUGUAUUGAUGAGGCAGUUACAGACAUGUACAACACGUAUCUGUAUGAUGUAAUCAAAAAAGGUCCUCUUUUGAAGCGAGGUUAUUUAUUUCCCACUCUACGUGAGUACUGGUUUGUCCUGCAACCCACAGAACUUAGCUAUUACAAAGCACAGGAUGAGCGGGAACAGUGUGGAACCAUUACGCUUAAUGCACAUUGUCAUGUGGAUGCCUGCCCUAGCAGUGGACGGGAUAAGGUACAGAGGUUUAUGCUGUAUACUGGAGAACGUAACUUUGAGUUAGCCGUGCUAGACCAUUGCAGCCGCUUGCAGUGGCUAUCUGCAUUGCAGACUGCAAUUGCUCAUAGCUCAGGUACUGGAUACCAGCGUCUGCAGGCCCAUCGUCGCCGACAGCAGCGUGAUGUAGCAGAAAAAGACCGUCGCAGCGAAGAAAUCCGCCGUCGUAGCAGCCAUCUGUUAGAUAUGGAACAGACCCGUGCUCAGUUGCAGGCUGAAAAAAUGGCUCGAGUAGCAGCUGAAAGCCAGGCCCGUGCCCUCGAGGCUAUACAUCAUGAAGAAGAACGGAAGCUCCAAGAGUUGGAAAAUGUUCGUGCCAGACUUGAAAAAUUACUGGAAGAGGAGACUCAAGCCAAGCGAGAUGAAGAGAUUGUACGAAACUUGCAGGCUAGAGUCCUAAGGGAGGAGUGGGAGAAGCGUGAGGAACUGGAGCAAUUACAAGAAGAACAAAGUAUUUUACUUGAACAAGAACGAGAGAAGAGGCGGGAGUUUGAGUUUAAACAACGCGAGAAAGAGACUCAGCUGCUAAAGGCAGAAGAGCGAUUGAGGCAGCUUGAAGAAGAACGGUUGCAGCUGGAUAGAGAGCUUAAUUCUGCAAGAGAUAAGAUCUUGAUGUCUGAGAAGUCAAAAGAGUUGCUAGAAGCACAGCUCAGGGUAAUUGCACCUCAGGUACGUGAGUCAGAUCGCGUGAGACGUGCUUUGAGCUUCAUGCCAUCUACAAAAGAACGGCCAAGUGUGGUUACCAUUCGAACCCACAGUUUGCGUCGACCAAUACAAAGCAAUGGCCAGAUGACAGAUGACAGUGACGUAUCAAAGCGAUUCACAGAUGGCGACUGAGAUAAUUGGUACUGGUGGUCUCCAUCUGAAGCUGUUUCAUUAAAUUGUGUAACAUAAUGCAGCACUGUGAAGUUAUAAUGUAGUCAGUAUGUGAUUUGUGUGUCACAUACUUUGUUCUUUCCUGAAAGAACUGGGACAUUCUGUAAGAUGGAGAUCUUUCACAUAAAGGUAAAUCCACACUGAGAGUUUUUCGUUCACUCUGUUGAUCAAAGUGAGCAGGGAUAGCUCAGUCAAUAACAUAAAUGAUUAUGUGCUGCAUGGCUGGUGUUCAGUUCCUGGCAGAAGCAGAAAUUUUUCCCUUCACCAGCACAUUCAGACCAUCUGUGGGGCAUGCCUUCCUUCUGUUCACUUGGCUCUGGGAGUAAUGUGGCCGGAAUGUGGAGCUUUACUUCUAGUUUCCCUGUGCAUUCUCGACUUUUUACUUAGGUACACCAGCAACUACCAGAAUUUAACAAAACUGAACACAAGAUUAUGGUUUUCUGAUAUGUGACACCACAUAGUCUGCUACAUAGAUACUAACAUUUUUCUGUCUCCAGGGUUCUAUAUUCAGUUAUGAAGAUGUAAGCAGCAGGUUCUUCUGGAACACUAGUACAUAUCUGCUGAACUAUAUGCUUUUAAUUUACAGAAGGUCAUAAUCUUAAUUCAAACAGUUAAUUUCCAAAGAUUACAUGUAACCUCUGCAUUUUUAGUAUCAUUUGGAAAAGCAAAUAAACGUGUUAAGACACACAUCAGCAUACAUACUACGUGUAACAGAACAAUGGUGGCAUGCAUUGAGUGUUAAAUUAGUUAAGUUAUAAAAUUUAAUUAAAUGCAUCCUUCAUAGAAAAAUGUUGCUGACCCCUGGUUAAACUGUCCAUUCAAACAGUAUGUAUGAAAUGGUAGAUCUUACAGAAAAUAACUCUACAUGAAGCAGAAUAAUUCUUGUAUCUGUACAUGACAAAUGGCAUGUGAAUCAUGAGAAUUACUGUGACUAGUUUGCAAUGUGUUAACCCUUCAGUGCUACACUGAACAUUUGUUUUAAACCAAAACAGCGAAACAGUUAAUACAAAGCACCAUAAUUGUUAGAAACUUUUUUUUUAAAUGUUCACAUUACAUACAGAAUACUAUACAAAGUCAUUAAUAAUGCUACACACUUCUACAAAUGAAAUUUGGUAAAUUAAACUUUGUUACAUCUCAAGAAGAAUGUGACAUUACCUUAGUCAUUAAGGUUGAAGCAUUGAAUACAGAGACUGGCACCCCAUUUUUCACACCUGUAAAGUGUCGUUCCUCUUGCCAUGAUUAGGACACCACAUUGUCUCUGUGGUCUUCUUUGCUUCUUGGGUCUUGAUGAAAAAUGUUUCUUGAACUGCCCUGGCUCCUGAAGAAUUAUUUGAAGAAGUUAUUUAUUUAAGAACUUUUUUUAAGUGUCAACAGUUUAAUGCAUUUCAUUUUGGGCACAACUACCGAUAGAAUUUUCUGUUCAACAUCUGUAAUUCUGCAUGUCUCCCUAAAUGAAGUCCUAAGAGAGUGGAACCCUUAAUAACCCUUAUUUUAUGCUUCUAUAUGUAAGAUUUUUCCUCAUUAAUCUUCAAUGUCAAUUAUUAUGUAAGUAGUCUGAGUUAAAUUACUUACACUAAAGAUUUUCCUCAGUUUGGUGUUAAAAUUCACUGCUUCCUAAAGAAACCUUAAAUGUGGGAUUCACUUGUCAUUAUUUGAAUCAGCACCACAAAGAGCACAGUGAGUGACUUCAUUGUCACUAGUUUUUUUUUUGUCAGUCAACUUCCUUAUUGAAAUGGUUAACAGGGUUCCAUAUUAUGGUACUGAUUAUGUACCAUCAUCAGACCUUCCCAAGUGGGAUGUGCAAAGGAACUUCUCUCCCUUGUACAUUCCAUCCAUUUUUUCUAAAUACUUUUCAUUCUAUACAUAUAUUAUUACCAUGAUUUAUCUCAUUACAGAACGUACUCACUACUGAUUCAACACUUAAUAUACUGUAAAACUUACUUUACACAUAAGCG